AUAUGCCCCAAGUUGUUUAUUUCCACAAUAUCUCGUAACUAAUGCUAGGAAAUUUUGGAGGGGCGAAAUUUGAGUAAAUUUAAAUCUAAAUCAUUAUAAUUUAAGUAAAUCUCGAGUGCAAAAUGCAAAAUGCCGGAUACACACAAGUCAGAAACAAAAAGCUUUUACCCGAUUUGAGGAAAGAAGGUGUACUGACGAAGGAGAUAGUCUUAUCAACGAAGGAAAAGCAUGGUUGUCCUUGGGGUUCCAGACUGUUUUCUCAUCACACAUUGGCCAGUGUUAGGAGAUUGAGCUUUUACCACCCUUUUCACUUACCCGAAGACAGCCUAGACCUAGUCCUGUCAGCAUGCUACAACCACUCCACGGAGAAGUUCGCGGACAAAGAGGACCUUUACAUCACACCAGAAACACAAGGUUGCGACACCUGGCGGCGGCUGCGGAAUACCAUCGACAAACCACCAACUUUUGUCGUACCUCAGGGACACCCGAUGAAGCGAGGCGGAAUCAAAGAGAAGAGAUCACCUUUCAGCGUCAAACUGAUGAACUCUGGAGUACACUCCUCGCAGACCAACCCUGGUUACAGCAGACAGCCCGCAGGCGGCGCAAUCUUCUUCUAUUAGCUCCAUGUAUCUUAUAGGCUUACGUCAGAGGCAAAAUCUCAAAACAUUUUGGUGCUUCAUUUUACCAGCCUUGGGUACCUUAGUCAAAGUCAAAGUCCUUAUACAGAGUGACAUUAUUGGUGCAAAUCACAUUUCUUUGACAGACACAAAUAAUAUUUUAAUCUUUGCAAUUUAAGUUUUAAUGUAAGUUUUCUGAAGUCGCCAAUAACAAUAUCCAUAUUUUCCACUUCAUUUCUCUUCCAAUCCUUUUGAUCCUUAUAUUAAGACAUAUAUGCUCCAAAUUAUGCUAUUUAUAUACAGGAUAAGUCUAAAAGGUAUAAUUAGGUAGGAGCUCAUGGUUUUACAUGACCUGUUUAAUCCUUUAGAUAGAUAGUUCGCUUAUCUGCCUCUUGUAUUAAACUUAUUUUUGACCACCGAAUGUGUUCCCAAGUAAUUUAUUUAUCAAGAUUUAUGAAUUAAUAAAUUAUGUACCUAAAAUUGUUAUUACCAAUAUUUAUUUGUUAUCUCGUAGCAAUUUGUUAAUGCAAUGUUGGGGCUUUGUAGUAAUUAUUAAGUAUUUUUAUAGAAUCUUUUUUAUGUGGUCAAGAGUUAGAUUUAUUUUUCGGGGAGCAAGUAAGUAGUAUCGCGUUUUUGUUUGUUGUCCUAUUUUUGUGUUGUUUUUUUGUUUGUUGUCCUAUUUUUGUGUUGUGUUGUCCUGUGUUGUACAAAAUAAAUGACUAUAUUUUAUAUC